AUAUUAGAAAGAUGCACAAAAUUACUCAAACCUAAUUCGAUUUUUUGUACACACAAAAAGAGAGAAUGAAAAGGAAAAUCUUGCAUUGAGCUCCACAGACUCACUCGCAGUUAGCAGUUACUACUGAUUUACAAUGCAAUCGCACCUUGUGGUGGGAUCCAUCUCCAUAGGACGCUAUGGUGGCGCCGCCGAUUCCAGCCCCUUCCACUCCGCCGCACCUUCCUGCUGGACCAACCCUCCUCGCCGGUGCACUCCACUCGUCGUGGCCUCCUCCUCGCCCACUGCCAUCAACGGCGGCCAGAAUCACUACGCCGUGCUCGGAGUCGCCCGCAAUGCCACCGCCGUCGAGAUCAAACGCGCUUAUCGCCUCCUCGCCCGCAAGUACCAUCCCGAUGUUAGCAAGGAUCCGCAUUCUGAGGAGUUAUUCAAGAGCAUCCGUCACGCAUAUGAAGUACUAUCCAAUGAAGCAACUAGAGUUCAGUAUGAUCAAGAACUUCACUUUAGUCACAACUCUCACAGGGAAAAAUGGAGUUACAGUACUGAGUUUGAAGAUCAGGUAAGAGUCUAUAGAUGGGCUCACCUGAGGAAAAAAAUGCAUAGUGAAAGAUACUGGGAGCAUGGCAAUGUUAGUGAGGAUUACAACAGUGAAACUGAGGAGGAAGAAGAUGAAGAAAAUUUAGAUGAACAGAGGGGUUCUUUUAUUGAAGUGCUUAGAUCAGCGUUCUUGUCAUUAUUUUUGUUUCAGACGUUUGGAUCCCGACUCUCUCUUACAUUUAGUGGCCUGACAGCAUUGCUUGAUCAAAAGUUAGACACGGGCUAUAAAAUUGGGUAUGUAAUAGCAUGGAUUUUGGGCGGGAGGGGUGGCAUAUUGCUAACAUUGUGCUUGUCUUUUGCAAGUUGGGUUUGCGGGAAAACCAGUAGUAGUGUUGUUGCACUAAUUGUGGUGGCCAUGUGGGUUGGCUCCUACCUUGCAAGGUAUGCACCACUUCCCCAAGGUGCUCUAUUGGCGCUUCUCUACAUGUCCAUUAAGCUACAGUCUGACCUAAUAUAGACACAUUCUCGCAUUGCAACUAGCAUAUUUUCUGAACUUGUAUAUCUGCUAUGUUAUCUAUUAUGGUGUUUGUACAGUAUACCAUAUUCUGGUAAAUGUAAAUAAUUGUAUUUUCUGAUUAUAAAUAAAGUGCAUAAACGGUUGAUUAGUUGGAUUACGCAAAUUUCCAUAUAGCCCCUGAGUUUGAACAUGUGUGCAGUGCUGGCAUAGAAGGGAGAAAAAAGUGUUGAGAAUGAGGCACUAGGCUUUGGAAAAUAAACACCGAAAUUAGUUUGCAAAAUUAGUAGAAUUGUACAAGCUCUUUCCCAUUUACCUAUCAAGCAUUUGCAGAAAGAAAAGGAUGACAAGAAUUUACAGGUUUCUUCAAACUGGGAGUGAAAAUAAAACAAUGAAUUAAAAGUUUCUGCAUCAACAAUCAAGAUUUGAGAAGUUCCAACAUCUAAGAGCUCUUUACUUGAACAACAUCUGUCCUGGAUAUCAAAUUUCUCCAUAUAUACCUCCCGCUGGCCAUGUCAACAAAUACCCAGAAUCCAUUCUGAAUCAUCUGAAACCGAAGAAAAAGGGUUAAAAAGAAGAAACUCAUGAAUGGUGGUGAAUUUUAUUAGAAAAAAAAAUGGAACAGAGGGCACCUUGUUGAAACUGAAAUGAUCCUUAUUGGAGGAGGCUUUGUUGUUCUGGUCUUGGGUGGUGAGGUCAAUCUCUGGGGAGGAACGUACGGUGGUCCAGGCAAAAUAAGCUGCCAAUGCGGCGGAGAAAAAGACAAGGAUGAACCUGAGAGGACACAUGUCUUGCAAGGCAACAAAGAUAACUGAAUUUACAACAAGAGUGAGAAAGAAAGAGCGAAAACUGAAGACAACCGAAGCAAGUCAAGAAUUGUUUGUAUGAUAUGUGCUUUGAGUAUUUGGAGGUGGAGUUGUUUUUAUAUGAGAAUCACCAUAGUUGGAAGAAUGAAUGAAUAAGUAAAAAACGUGUAAAGGCAGACGCUGCGUUGUACGGGUCUUUGUGACUUUUCUUUAAGAAGCAGUGUUGUUUAUACUCUCAAAUGUAACGCUUUCCCUUUGUGCAUGUUGGACUUUGUAAAACCUUGGAAUGUAACAGCAAUGGUAUACGUAUUAUGAUGCAUCA